AUGGAAAAGCUCGACCCCAAUGACAUGACAAUUCGAGCUGGCCCUGGAAAGGAGCUGAAAAUAACAAAGGAUACGGUGCACCUAAUUUUGGGUUUACCGAAUGCUGGGGGAGGAACUGCAUUGGGCAUCGAUGAAGCUGUUGUUGCCAACAAUUUGAGAGCUGAACUUGGGCUAUCGAAAGAAGAUUUUGGGGUUACAGCUCUACAAGAUCGUUUGAGGAAAGGUUCUGACGAUGAUUUAAGCAUCAGAUGCUUUUUCUUGAUAUUGUUCAAUAGGUUGUUGUUCCCUACUGCCAGCUGGGGAAUAACGAACCAUGAGGUUCUUUUAACCGAGCAGAUGGAUCGUUUCCACCAGAUUGACUGGUGCCAGCUUAUUUUCAAUGAUUUAUGCCAAGCUGCCAAGAAGUGGCAUAACAGGAGCGUUACGAACGUUUCUACAACCAUCUAUGGAUGUUCCAUCGUUGUUCUUCUGUAUUAUUUGGAUCAUUUGCAUGACUCAGCGGCACCCCUGAACAAACGUGGAACACCACGAAUCAAAUACUUUGAUAGGAAUAUUAUUCAAGCCCUGACAAGAGCUGACAAGGGCAAGAUACGCAAAGGAGAAGAAGCAUUUGGACAUUGCUCGUUCCGAAGCUCCUCAGAGACCUGCUACACAGAUGUACCACCCGUUCAUGCACAAUUCAAGCAUAAGACCAGGACCAACGCUUUUGAUGUUCCUCGUCCUGACCCAUCUGGACAGCACUCAAUUCACAUCGAACUCCCGCUCAUCAGGGAUUUGAUAUCAAGCAAGCUUAAUCAGCUUCCAUCCCGCCACCGCAUGGGUUUCAUAGAGAAGCUGUCACAUUUUGAUGCGGAGGUUGGUAAGGCGUGUUCAGUUAUUAAACAGACUCUUCAGCACAUUGUUGAGAAACAAUUCAAUCUAUCUGAUGUUUUUGGCGAGUUAAUUGAUGAGGUCCUCCGUGCCGAGGCGGGUGACAACGAAGAUGCUUAUGAUGUGCAGAAAACCACAUCAAAAUCAGAUGAUAUUCUUCCCCAGACAGCUGAAGGAUGUACGUGUCCGGCCCCCCCAACUGUACCCGAUAUGUCUACUCCAGUUUCUCAGCUGGAUACGCAGUUUACAGACACACAGGGUAAACAUGGUGACGGUGGCAAGAACAUGCCGACCACUACAAACGUCACUCCUAAAGCAACACCACACAUGGAUCCUGACGCGCCGAUAUUUGAUGCGACUCCGCAAAUCAAGUCUACUGGCGGCGUACAACAAGUGGCAGAAACAGACUUGCCUGACAGUGGUCCAUGCUUUGAUCAGACUCCAUCUGAACAUGUUUAUGUUGAAACCGAUCCAGCUACAAACACUCCACAGGUUGGCCAGGCUUCUCUUGAUUCGGAGAUGCAAACUGUGUUAGCUCUACGCGAAUAUUUGUGUGGUCUGCAAUCUGACACCGGCAGGACCAUAAUAGAUUAUGGUGAAUAUUCAGCGACAUGUUCUGACAUAUAUGAAUCUUUUGCCGAUGGGAAGUGUCUCGACAAUGGAUUCAUGCAGUGUUUCAUCCAAUGUGUUAUUCAUGAUGCAAAAAAUCAGCAGACUUCCAUGAGUUCGAACAGUUUGGUUCUUGAUGUUAAUGUUGGGUCAAUACUCAACUUUGAGGAACAGGAACGACACAGUCGCAAUCCUCAACCUUUUGAUGAAUCUGUACUCCACACACUUCUAGACAAUUCAUUGCCUGAGACAGAUGAGUUGGACCAAUGCAAAGCGAUCAUGGUCCCCAUGGUAAGCAGGGGGCAUUGGACAUUGUAUGUUGUCAACAAGGUCAAGAAGUGCGUUCAUAUUUUAGAUUCCAACCCAUAUGGACCAACACUUGGUGGAACUACAUGGAAGGACUAUCAUUUUGCACAUUUAGGCUCAGGUGGCAGAAAGUUACCCUGGGCUAAGGUUAUUAUGAGCAGAUUAAACAAAGCAAUACAACAUGUGCGGCCCAGUUCAUGCUUUCCCAAGUUUGGUAACUUCACAAUUGACUUGUGCCAAAAUUGUCCUAACAUGGUAGCUGGAUCAAAUGACUGUGGGUUUUAUGUCAUGGGUUACAUUCUAUUUUAUCAAUGCGACGAAGGAUCUUUGCGGUCAGACAUAGAAGCAGGCAACACCAGUGAGAUACGGUCUCUUGCGCUGCAUUACAUCACAUUCCACCCGAAGAACAAAGCAUUAUCGCUGCUCCAAGACAUCCAAAGAUUCAAGGUCUAAAGGAUGUAGUUUAGUUUGGUCAUGUAAUAUAUUUUGUAUACAAUCGUUCCCUAAACUUCAGAUCAGUCAUGUGUGUAUAUUAUGGCCAAAGUCCGUAGACGUUUCUUAGUUAUGUCAUUGACAACUUUGGGAUCAGCUUUUUUCUAAACUGGCAUGU